AUGUUAUCUCACAAGCGCAUUGCAAUGGCUUAUACAUAUUACUCUCCACCUCCACCUACUAUGCCAUCGAAUAAUCCGAAACCUCCACCUCCGGCGGUGGCAGAUCCUAUAACCCCACCUCCAAAUUUAACGCCUCCCGGAGGUGGUAAUAAUAUGUCACCUUCAAAACCACCCACACCACCAACAUUGCCACCACCACUAUUUCCUUCGCCUCCUUCAUCAAGUUCAAAUCCUGGAUCAACCAAUGCUUUUCCUCCUAGUCCUCCACCACCACCACAAACCCCGAGUUCACCACCAAACAAUUCCAAAAGUCCUCUUUCACCACCAAACUCUUCUAAAAGUCCUAUUUCACCUCCACAAAUUCCGAGUUCACCACCAAACUCUUCCAAAAGUCCUCUUUCACCCCCACAAACUCCAAGUUCACCACCAAACUCUUCCAAAAGUCCCAUUUCACCUCCACAAACUCCGAGUUCACCACCAAACAAUUCCAAGAUUCCACCCUCACCAACUUCUUCACCAUCAAAUGACUCGCUACCUCCAACUUCUUCUCCAGGAACACCAUCUUCUAUGCCACCAAAAAACUCACAAUCACCAAGGUUAGCACCUUCACCACUAGAUGGUGGUAAAGUUCCUUCACCCUCUCCAUCAACCCCCUAUUCAAAACUAAGUCCAUCUCCUUCAGCAUUAACACCACUUCCCACACCAACUUUUCCUUCAACUACCUUUCCUCAUCCACCAUCAAGUAAUAGUAUUGAUGUUGCCCCACCUUCAGGGGGAGGCGGAAAACACACUACAAUUAUCGCAGUAGGUGUAUCAAUCGGGGGUUUUUUCUUCAUAGCAUUUGCUAUUGCUCUCUUUUGCUUUUAUAAGAAGAAAAAGAAGCGUGUCAUGGUUCCAGCAGCAGCUUCUUGUUGAUAUAUACAUAUAUCAAUAAU